AUGAAUGCAACCCACGGUCCGAGAGAUUACGACCACCUAUUCAAGCUUUUAAUCAUUGGAGAUAGCGGAGUAGGUAAAAGCAGUUUGUUGUUACGGUUUGCGGACAACACUUUCUCUCCUAACUAUAUCACAACGAUAGGAGUUGAUUUUAAAAUACGCACGAUUACGGUUAACGGACAACGGGUAAAGUUACAGAUUUGGGAUACUGCAGGCCAAGAAAGAUUUCGGACAAUCACUUCUACGUAUUACAGAGGAACGCAUGGUGUCAUUGUAGUUUAUGAUGUUACCAGUGGUGACUCAUUCAGUAAUGUUAAAAGAUGGUUACAUGAAAUUGACACUAACUGCGAUAACGUUCAAAAAAUACUUGUGGGUAAUAAGGCUGAUGAUCCCGAUCGUCGAGUGGUUUUAGAAGUGGACGCAAAAAAGUUUGCUGAAACGAUGGGUAUUCAAUUUUUUGAAACUUCUGCCAAGGAAAACAUCAAUGUUGAAGAGAUGUUCAACUGCAUAACCGGCUUGGUUUUGGAUGCAAAAUUACGGACGCCGCAGACGAACGCCAAUGAACAAGGAGUUAGACUUGGGGCGGGUUCGCGACGUCAGGAAAAGAAAAAAUGUUGCUGA